GAGAGGAUGGAUGGGAGAAGCAUAAGGAGUUCAAUGGAAAGCUUGAAAGCAAAAUCGAAGCAAGCUUCAGUUUUGUGGGCGGAGGGUUUCAGAGAGGCUUGCUGUCUUCACCGCGUCGUCAUAUACUGUCUCAGGUCAAGGGAGAUCGCCAUCCGUACUGGACAGUGUUUCCUCUUGAAUGGCUUUAUUUUCUUGGGAAGUAUACUUGUUCUGAGAUCUGUCGUCAUUCCCACACUACAAUGGGUGUUACCUGAUGUAUGCCUGCUGAGUACAUCUCCAGAACUAUGUCCAUUUGGGGGUAUAUCCAGAUUCUAUUCCUUCUUACAACAUGGAUUGAUUCAACUCGUCUAUGUGUUCUGGUUCUACCCAAUGUAUAUAUCCAGCUUUAUCCUAAACACACUCUGGUACAAUGAUAUUGCAAAGUAUGGCUUUUUUGCCAUUGAGAAGCAUGGGACUUCUAGUUCAGAAUCAUUUACUGAAAAGGAUAUGUCUGCCAGUGAUAAGGCUACUGACUUUGAGGGUUUAAUGAUUGAGGUAUUUGAACAAGUAUAUUCAGUUCUCCUGUUGAGUUUCUUCUUCUUGGAGGUUUAUGUCACUGGAUUCAUACCAUUCAUCGGAACACUAAACCUAUUGCUUCUUUCGUGGAUGUAUGCCUAUUAUUGUUUUGAGUACAAAUGGAAUUAUUCUGGUUUGAGUUUGGAUAAAAGGCUAGAUUUCUUCGAAUCCAAUUGGCCAUUUUUUGCUGGUUUUGGAAGUCCAUGUGUUUUGGCCGCUUUCUUUUACUCUCCUCUUGUUAGCUAUGGGGUUAUGGCUAUACUAUUUCCAUUGUUUGUUCUGACCGCAACAGGCUCAGAAGCAGACAAAGUUAUUGCGUCUCAGAGAAAAAAGUGGAAUGGUGCUCGAUUGGGAAGGAUUCCUAUAUUCUUUUCUUCUGAUUAUUUAUCGUAA